AUGCUGAUGCCAUGCAGCGAGCAUAGCGCCAAAAUCCAGGGCCUGGAGUCACGUCUCGCCCGCAUUGAGGAGCAGCUACAACAAGUCCUAAGUGUUGCCUCGGCCGCCCUCGCCAGCGCAAAUCGAAUUCCCGAGUCGAGGGUUAUAACCAUGUCCAGCGGCGAGGAGAGCGACUUCGACAACGCCGUCAGGGUGCGCAACACCCUUCCUAUGCCCGGCUCGUCAACCGAUACAUCCGGCCCCAGUGCAGGCUCGACCGCAACCUCCAGCCCAAGCGAAUCCGUCAUCCGCGCCUCCUCACCUAACCUGCCCCCACUAGAAGAAAUUCUCCCCAUCAUCAACACGUACUUUUCCCAGAUCAACCACGCCAUCCCGUUGUUCAGCCAAGCUGAAUUCAUGCGCAUGUUACAUGACUGGUACACCCAUCCCGCCCGCAGGACUUGGGCGGCAUGGGCGGCUGUCAACAUUGUGUUGGCUCUUGGGUCAUGGAUCCCCACUACGCCGAUCCAAGAUAUGAACUUUGCCGAGGCAGAGACGGCUUUCAAGGGAUACAUGAACAACGCCCAAUCCGUCCUUGCCGAGCUGGUUACGCGCGAGCAAGAUCUGCUGGGCCUUCAGACGUUGCUUGGACUCGUGAUCCUCUACCAGACCAUGGCAAACUCCAAGCAAGGAGCUGUGCUGAUAGGUGCUGCUGUUCGGCUUGUCCAUCGGCUGCAGAUGCAAAGUAGGAACAACAUCGAGGUGUCGUACCCGCAAGAGCAAGGACUGCACAGGUGUCGUUUGUUUUGGAUUGCCUACAUGCUUGACAAGGAGAUCUCGUUGAAGCAUCACACGCCGUCGAUACAAUUGGAUGCUGAUAUCGACCAGGACCUUCCGUCAAGCGAUCCGGCAGACGGGGUGGGCGACAUAUACACGGGCGACGGUCUAGUGCGGGUGAAUUACUUCCGUCUGCGCGUUCGCUUGGCGCAUAUUCAAGGCCGAACAUAUGACAUGCUGUACUCCACGCGGAGCAGCAAGAUAUCUAUGGCCGAGAGACAAGCGCGCGUGAUUAGACUGACAUAUCUGCUGGAAAACUGGAGGUCAAACAUCCCGGCCGAGAUGCUACCUGAUGCCAUCAACAGUCGCCUGGGUCGGAUGGAACGCAUCCUCAUGUCUGCGCUAUAUGGGUCAUUUGUUGGUUGUAUGGUCAUGGUGCAUGGAAUCUGGAGCCAGCAGGCUGCUUGGAUGAAGAUCAUCUCGGACCGCAGCCUGAUGGCGCUGCAGAUGGGCAGGACCGACGAACGGAAGUCCUGCAUUAACCAACAGCCCCCGCUGCCGUCGGCUUGGAAGAGAUGUGUCCAGCUCAGCAGGGAAUUUUCCCGAGCCCUGAUGCAAUUGCCCGAGAGUGAUGUUAAUAUCUGGGCCAAUUUGGCGGCAUUGCUGUCGUGCCUGGUCAUUAUCUUGACCAACAUGUUCCAGUCCCCCGGACACGAGGACUUGGAAGAAGACAGGCAGAUCACCCAAUGGCUGGUUCGGAUGUUGAACAAAGUAAAAGACUUGUCUGUCACAGUGCCGCUCACCCAAAUGCACGUUGUCGUUGCCGAUCUAGAACGGCGUGCUGAGGCGGCAGUCGCAACGGCUCAGAUGAAGCGACAGGCGCUUCAGGAACGACUGCUCAUGAUGUCUGGCCAAGCGAGUUGGGGCCAGGAAAUCGCCCAGCCUGAGCAUGGCGAUGAUGAGAAUGUCGAGCAACCAUUGUUUUGGGAUACCGAAGCAGUCGACUUUGGGGCACUGGAUAUGAGCAAUGGUCUGGGGGGGCAGACGAUUGUCGAUUGGCUAGAUAGCCAAUAUCCACAGGGGAUGGAUCUGGGAGAGGCCAUUUCCUAAACGUGUUAAUGAAUGAUUGACAUGAAAUUGCAACUGGACCUGUCCCCAAGAUCGAUGACCUCUCUUGGCAAAGGGACGGCUCGCAGUGUCCACAGUCAAAUCCCGGAUCCACAAUGACGACACCUCUUGUCGACCUUCAUCCAAUCAUAAUUCAUAGAUAACCUUAUCAAUUCUUGAUUGACCAAUGGGAGAGCUCCCGAAUGCUGCUUACUG